CAUUCCCCCCCACGUGUGACCGCCUGUGUCGGAGAUAAACAGGCCCGCCGAGAAACUGUUCCGCUGCUCCUUGGUUCCGAGAUACAAUAAUGGCGUCGGCCGCGCUGAAGGUUGCAGUGACAGGUCUUUCCAGAUGUUCUCCUCUCAUACGCUUGCGGGCACAUUCAAUGACAGCAUCCCUCCAUCAGAGCGUUCCUGGAUCACUGUGGAAACUGGGGAGGCUGAACCAUAUAGCCAUCGCUGUCCCUGACAUAGAGCGGGCCACAGCUCUGUAUCGGGACGUACUGGGGGCCACAGUGAGCGACAAGGUGCCUCUGCCAGAGCACGGCGUUUACACAGUGUUCGUGGAACUUGGAAACACUAAGCUGGAGCUACUCCAUCCUCUGGGGGAGAAAAGUCCGAUUGCUGGUUUCUUACAGAAGAACAAGUCUGGAGGGAUGCACCACAUUUGUAUUGAGGUAGAUGACAUUAAUGCCGCAAUAGCCGACCUGAAGGCAAAGAACAUCAGAACUCUGUCAGCAGAGCCCCGAAUAGGUGCUCAUGGAAAACCAGUGAUGUUUCUUCAUCCUAAAGACUGUGACGGUGUGUUGGUCGAGCUGGAAGCAGCAUGAAUAGCUCUGUCUGACAGGGAUUGUGGGAGCUAUUAAUUCACAUAUAUUCUACAGUUUAAUCAUCGCUUUAACCAGUGCUGAUUUUGUAAUGUUGCUCUUCACAUCACUUAAGCUUCUUGGGUCAGAAAGGUGCCUCCGAGUUGAUGGUCCAGCUCUGCUUCAGUCUGUCCUGUUUUAAUAGCGUGGUGUGUUUCAUGGUUUCUAUCAAGUGUAAUGCCAGUUCAUGUCAAGGCACUCCCAUUGUCCUGCACCACACCUACAGCAGGAUGAUUAGACGUUGUAGGCGUCAGGGAGAAACUCAUUUCAUUGUCACAGUUCAAGUAUUUAAAAAGUCAACUGGCAACAUUGUGUUCUCAUUCAAUUUUACAGAUUAUCAAUGGUUGGGAAAGUUUUACAUAAACUCAUGCCCAUUUUAAAUUUGCAGAUUCCAGAAUGAAGGGCUGAAUUGAAAGACAUCUUGACUUGUAUGGGCCAAGUCUUCAAACAGGGUGGCAUUUUUUAUAUGAAAAAGCCUCAAGUGAAACAAAUUGGAAAUGUUUUAUGGUGUGUUGUGUGCAGCACAAUAUAGUUGGUCAAAAAUCCAAGAUCUACAUGUAUUUCAGGUAAAAACAGACAAUAGCACUGAUGCUAUAGUUGUAGGUCACAAGGGCAUGACGGUACCAACCGGACAGCAUCAUUGUGCCUGAUGAAACCUGUGUAACUGGUGACACAGGUCGAGUCAAACCUCUUUUUUCCUUGAGUUAAUUACUCAGACUUCAUUUUUAAACUAUCUACAUGGGUCAAAAGACAACUGGCCUGUGGUCUUUCAAAUUUAAGGAAACAGCAUAAACCAACAUCAGAAAAUGAGAUGUAAGCUAAAUGAUAUGAUUAGUCCAAGCUACUUAUUUUGAACGUAUGGAGUAUAUGUCAGUGGCCACAGGCUCUGGAAAACAGUAAUUGUCUUCACAGUCAGAUAAACAGAUUAUCAGUGAGGAGUGCUUUACCUAGCAGGUUUCAGUCAGCUCAAGGAAAACAUUUGCAAAGGGAAAAAAAAAACCCAUACAGUGGGUGUUCUACACAUUGUUUACUGCCCACUGUUGGGACUUUACAUGUCAGUUGAUGGUCUACUUCUGUUUUCUCAGUUAAGACCAAGAAGUGAAAGUGACCAUUUGUCAGUGCAGUAGCUUCAUUGUUUACUCAUUUCAGUUUUGGGGAGAGAAAAAAAAAACCCAAACAAACAGACAACCAGAAUCCAGAGGGUUUGAUUUAUUUGGCUAAAUUAACAGCUCCUGGCCUGAAACAGCGAUGACAAAAGGACAAGAUACAUGACUCUGCUUUGAAUGCAAUAGCUCACAGGAGUAAACUGAA